GCAAUGGCCCGUCAAUAUCAACAUUGAACGUCGAAUAACCUAAUCUUUGGGCUGGAUCGUGUAGACCUGCUUGGUUGCUGCCAUCGAGUGGAGGUUGCCUCGAGACAGUUCUCCGUUCUGCCAUCAUGAAGAUUGCUUGCUUGCAAUUCGACCCCCAAGUCGGUGACGUCGAUGACAACCUCAACCGCGCCGAUGCCGUCCUCGACAAGAUAGACCCCGAGGAUCUCGACAGCAUCGACUUGCUUGUCCUGCCCGAGCUCGCUUUCAGUGGUUAUAACUUCAAGUCAUUGCAGCACAUCGCCCCCUGUCUCGAAGAGGCUGGCUCGGGUAUCACUUCUCUUUGGGCGCAGACCACUGCACUCAAGCACGACUGCACCGUCGUCGUGGGAUAUCCGGAGAAGGUGGACGUCUCGGAGAACUGGCCGGCAUCCCCUGAGUAUUACAACUCGGCUCUUAUCAUCAACGGCGAUGGAGACACCGUCGGCAACUACAGGAAAUCUUUCUUGUUCUACACCGACGAAACUUGGGCUCUGGAGGGCGGCAGUGGAUUCUUCAAAGGCAACAUUGACGGACUUGGAAAUGUCGCUUUGGGUAUCUGUACCGAUCUCAACCCUUACAAACUCGAAGCUCCCUGGGAGGCCUUUGAGUUUGGUUUCCACGUCAUGAAAGCGCAGGCAAACGUGGUGAUAGUGUCCAUGGCCUGGCAGACACAUCAGGAUCCCGGCUUAUUCGGCGCCAACCCCGCGGAACCCGAUAUCGAAACACUGGUCUACUGGGUCCAGCGACUCGAGCCCCUGAUUCACGCAGACCAAGAGGAGGAGGUUAUCGUCGUCUUUUGCAACAGGACCGGCUCCGAAACGGAAGCCACAUACACGGGUACAAGUGCUGUCAUCGGUAUCAAAAAGGGCGAGGUGUUCGUCUAUGGAGUUCUUGGGCGUGGGGUGGACGACUUGCUCAUCGUUGAUACGGACCAUCCGCCCAUGAGCAAGCUCACUGAUGCCGACGCCGUAAAGAGCGACGAGUAUCCCACCGAGGCGCCCGCCUUGGAUGUGGAGGACGACUUGCGGACGCACCGAAUCCCGGACGAUACCCUGAUCGGAGAAAGACAAGCGUACCCAUGCUAUCCUGCCGACUCUGGGGUCGGUGUCGAACUCGAUAGUCCCCAACAACCAACCUCUCCCAAGCUACCCUGGCUCGCACAAGUCCCCCAGCCGGGUGAAACUCCCACGGACACCCGCUCACCGACCCGCCUGCAAAUCCCUACCCGGCCCCAGUUCGACGAAUACGUUACCAUUGACAGUGCCAUCUCAGAUGAUAUCAUAAUCGACACGCCGGCCGUGGGAGAUACCCCGGCCCUCGAUAGACGGCAAUUCCGCCCCAAACUAGCAGUUCCAUCAUCGCCGUGGAGGUUUCCCACUAAGCAGAGCCCGUAUCCCUGGCACCACCAUGACGGGUCACACUCUUCGGUUUUUGGUGGCGGGGCUGCCAUGACACCCAUUACGCCGUUUGACGAGGACGGCUGGAGCUCGACGCCGAUCGAGCAGAAGGCCCCGCCCCAGUGGUUUUGGAAGCAUGAACCAACACUGUCGGCUUUGAAGGAGUCGAUCGUGGAAGAGGAUGAGGAUGAGGAGGAGCCAAACGAAUCACCGGACACAAGGAUGCCGCAUUCCGGAACGGAAACCAAACUGGAGCCAACGCAGUUCGAGACUCAAAAUACUGUUUCCGAGAGCGACGACAGAAAAGCAGAUGGUGAGGCGGAAGAAUUUGAUCCAGAGCCAGACACCGCACCUCUGAAUGACUGGGCCGAACUCGCCGGCGUCUUGGGAGGACUAAAAGCACGACCUGGCUCAGCAUUCGAUUUCAAAUCGUCCCGCGACGACAGGCCCAGCUCGCCCAAAUCGCGAUACCCGCCUCGAACCUCAAGUCCAUUUCAGCUUUUUCAACCAUCUGAGUUGAGCUAUGGAGAGCAGGAACAGACCGCGUGGGGAACGCUUGAUUCAGAUCCGCCACGAUCAGUGGCUGGGGACAUCUGGGACGACGGUGACAAUGAUAGAGGCGGGGGUACGUUGUUUACAUUUGCCAGGCCGUCUAGCGGGGCAGAUCACAGAUCAUCCCAGAGGAGCUAUUCGUUCGACAACCCCAGCGGCAACCGGGGCCACGGUGAGUGGGCAAGCAAACGUCAACCAUCCCGUCUCCGGCACGCCAUCUUCGCGGAGGAGGCUGCGGAGGAUGAGCCAGACUACGACUCGGACGACUACAGCCCCAGGCAUAUCAGCAUAAGCCGCGGGAGACAACCCAACUCCCAGCCCUCUCCCGCCCUCGACCAGCCGAGCCCUGUUCGUGAGAGUUACCCAGACGCAUACCCAAACAAGGACAACAACCCGCCGCCCCCCCGUGACAACGACUCAGGCUGGCCACUACACCCCAACCCUAACACCAACACCAGCGACCCCGCCCCAUCCAAAACCCAACAACAAACACCGCACCAAAACAGAGACGACCACCUCUCCCCCCUCUCCAUCGACCCAACCCUCGACAUGCACCACCACCAAAACACAGCCACAGCCACACCCAGCCUCUGCUCAGCAACCUCAGCAACAUCAACCACCUCGGUGUCGACAUUCGCCGACCACCCGGGCGUUGGGGAGCCACCCAGUCUGCCGCGGGCAGACGCCGGCGCCUGGUUGGAUGAUGAUGCACCAGUUAGGUUUCGGGAGUAUGGAGGCGGCGGUGGCGGUGGUGGUGGUGGUGGGGAGCCGGGUGCUGUGGUGCUGGCUGGGGAGGGCGGGGAGAAGGUUGGGGAGGUUUGGUUUGGAAGGGAGGGGCUGCCUGCACGGGGGUGUUAACUAGUGGUUGGGUUGGGAGUGGGUGGUGGUGAGGUGGUGGGUUUCGUAGGUGUUUUUGAGGUGGCGGGGGGAUGGGGUGGGG